AUGCGAACAUGUUACUACGAACUGCUGGGCGUCGAACGCUCGGUUACAGUCGAGGAACUAAAGAAGGCAUAUAGAAAGAAAGCGUUGGAAUGGCAUCCUGAUAAGAAUCAUCAUAGAAUAGAAUUGGCAACAAAUCAGUUUUCCCUUAUACAACAAGCUUACGAGGUUUUGUCGGAUCCUCACGAGAGAGAAUGGUAUGUAAAGUUGAUUAAGAUUCACAAAUUUAAUAUUGCUGAUAGACUUUCUUUGUUGACCGCUUUUAGGUACGAUGGCCAUCGGGACGCAAUCUUGAGAGAAGAUGACGACGAAGAGACUGACGUCGAAGUUAGGCAACAAAAAAGUUCAGUGCAGGGCACCAGAGCUGAAGAACUUAUGAAAUUCUUUAGUGUAGGGUGUUAUAGAGGAUUUGAUAAUAGUACAAAAGGAUUUUACGCCGUAUAUCAAUCAAUCUUCGCGAAAUUAGCGGAAGAAGAAUCAGAAGCCUUCGCAUAUGGUCAGGGAGACGAUGAGGAUUUUCAUUCAUUCCCUUCAUUCGGUGAUAUUAAUAUGUCAGGAGAUUCUAUUAAAAACUUUUAUAACUCGUGGCUUAAUUUUGCUACACGGAAAAGCUUUAUUUGGUUUGAUAAACAUCGUUUAUCAGAGGCACCCGAUCGUCGCAUCAAAAAGAUCAUGGAGAAGGAGAAUAAAAAAUCACGUGACUCUGCCCGUAGAGAGUAUAACGAUACUGUUAGACGGGAUCCGCGAUAUAAAGAAUAUCUAAGCGCCAUGGAACGAAGAAAGGAAGAGCAAGCCACCAGUGUUAAACUACGCGCGGCCCAAGAUCGUGCAGAAUAUCUCGCUAAACUUCAGGAGUAUCGAGAGCAGGAGUGGACAAAAGUUGAGGAUGAUGAUUAUCAAGAAUCUGAAGAAGAGGAGGACAUCCCUGAGAAUGAAUAUGUUUGUGUGGCAUGUAACAAAAGUUUCAAACAUGAGAAACAAUGGAUUAACCAUGAAAAGAGUAAAAAGCACAUAAAAAAUGUGGAAAUUCUGAAGGAGGAAAUGCUUGAUGAUGAAGACUUUAUAUCUCGGGACACAAAAUUCACUGGCGAAGAGGAUACAAGACAAGAUCAUAAUAUGUUUUCAACACCAAAAAGUAAUAGUGGUACCGAUGAACCGCAGCUGCCGACGGAUGAUAUAUCAUCAACCACGAAAAAUGCCAGGCGGAACAAGAAACUAAAGAAAAAACAGCGGAAUCCAAACUGGGGUCUUGAUCAAGAUGAAGAAGUUCAUGAUGAUAGGGAUUUAGUAACACCCGAUGAUGACACAAUAUCGGAAGCUCUGGACAAGGUCAAAAUCUCUGUUCGUGGUGGAUUCGAGUCUGAUGAGGAGUCUGGUGCGACUCCGUAUUUCUUGAACGAUGAUGAGGAUGAAAUAUCAAACCAGCAAGAAAGCGGUGCUAAUAAUCAAAAGUGCAAUACAUGCUCGCAAGUAUUUUCGAGUAGAAAUCAAUUGUUUGCUCACAUCAAUACGACCGGGCAUGCGUUGGCCGAUUCGACGAACGGGGGAAAAAGAGCGCGCAAAUAA